CGACCGUCCGAAUCCACCAAUGAGAUGAACGCGCUCGGAGCGGGAGGCGGGACUUCUGGUUCCCCCGUAUUAACCUACCUUGGCCUGCCCAUGCGGUGUUGAUCUGCAGCUGGACGCGGAGCUAACACCGAGACGACAGACACAAUGGCCGAAAACGACGUUGACACCGAGCUGCUCGACUACGAGGAAGAUGAUGAGCCUCAGGGAGCCCCCGAGAGCGCAGCCCCCGCGGGGAAGAAGGAGGUGAAGGGUUCCUACGUGUCCAUCCACAGCUCCGGCUUCAGGGAUUUUCUUCUCAAACCGGAGCUGCUCCGCGCCAUCAUCGACUGCGGUUUUGAGCAUCCGUCUGAAGUCCAGCAUGAAUGCAUCCCACAAGCCAUCCUGGGCAUGGACAUCCUGUGCCAGGCCAAAUCUGGUAUGGGCAAGACGGCCGUGUUCGUGCUGGCCACACUGCAGCAGAUCGAACCCGUUGAUGGACAGGUCUCCGUAUUAGUCAUGUGCCACACACGAGAGUUGGCCUUCCAGAUCAGUAAAGAGUACGAGCGUUUCUCCAAGUACAUGCCCACGGUAAAGGCAGCGGUGUUCUUCGGCGGCCUGGCCAUCAAGAAGGACGAGGAGGUGUUGAAGAAGAACUGCCCUCACAUCGUCGUGGGAACGCCGGGUCGUAUCCUCGCUCUGACCCGGAGCAAGCACCUCAGCCUGAAGAACGUCAAGCAUUUCGUCCUGGACGAGUGCGACAAGAUGUUGGAGCAGCUCGACAUGAGGCGUGACGUGCAGGAGAUCUUCAGGAUCACGCCUCAUGAGAAGCAGGUCAUGAUGUUCAGCGCCACACUGAGCAAGGACAUCCGGCCGGUCUGCCGCAAAUUCAUGCAAGAUCCCAUGGAAGUAUUCGUGGACGACGAGACCAAACUCACACUCCACGGCCUGCAACAGUACUACUCCAAGCUGAAGGACAGCGAGAAGAACCGCAAGCUCUUUGACCUGCUCGACGUGUUGGAGUUCAACCAGGUGGUGAUCUUCGUCAAGUCAGUCCAGCGCUGCAUCGCUCUGUCUCAGCUUCUGGUGGAACAAAAUUUCCCUGCCAUUUCCAUCCACAGGGGAAUGGCUCAGGAGGAGAGGCUGUCUCGCUAUCAGCAAUUCAAGGACUUCCAAAGGCGGAUCCUGGUGGCUACUAAUCUGUUUGGCCGAGGGAUGGACAUCGAGCGGGUCAACAUCGUCUUCAACUACGACAUGCCAGAAGAUUCUGACACCUAUUUACACAGGGUCGCCCGUGCUGGUAGGUUUGGGACCAAAGGCUUGGCUAUAACCUUCGUGUCUGACGAGACUGACGCCAAGACUCUGAACGAUGUGCAGGACCGCUUCGAGGUCAACGUGGCCGAGCUGCCAGACGAGAUCGACAUCUCCUCUUACAUCGAGCAGUCCAGAUGAGUCGUCCAAGCCGAGCAAAGAAGUCUCUCCUCUUCACGGAUCUUGUGUCAUGUAUUUGAAGUAGACGUGCUUCACUGUUGAUUUGAAAGCUCUGCUCUGUUCCCCAUGUUCACCAAACAUUUAUUUUUAUUGUGAGUUUUUGGGGACUUGGGGGUUAUAGUCGGUUUUAUUUUAUCUUUUACUGUCGUUUUGAUUUUAUUUUUGUCUUGCUUAUUGAAAUUAAAACUUUUUAUAAAAUGCCAUUUUUACUAUUGUGGUCUCUUUUGAGGCUAUUCUUGUCUCUACCCCCCCAUUGUCAUUGAUUUCCACCUCAAAGCAGAGCUUCAGGGAAACGUGUUAAAGAACGGUAGUUCUACAGCAACAUGUGAUUUUUAGCCCCCCCUCCAGUUUUUAAAUGUUAAAGUAGUUUGUAUAGAAAGUUUUGUGUUUUUGAUUUUCUCCCCAUACAAGAGUUGAUGGUUACAAAGAAAUCAAGUAGUCAUGUAGUGACUGUUAAGUAACAAAAAAAACAACAUUCUGGCUUAUAUGGCAGCUGUUUCUUUGAAUGCCUCCCAAUAAAUGAAGUCACCAAGUGAGAGUCCCA